CGCCAUGUCUCGAGCGGCGCCUCGGCCCCCGUCCGCCCUCCAUGAAGCAGUCAACCCCCCGCCCGCACGCCGCCUCGCCACCAUCCUCUCCUUCCCCGCCCUCUUUCUCCUCGCCAUCCCCUUUUGGUGGUAUACAACUUCCAUCGUCCGACUGCCCCUUCCCGAGUCCAGAAUAGAGCACCUCAGUAGCACACAUCUACCUACACCCCACGCCCAGAUACUCUUCACAGCCGACCCCUCUGCGUUCCCUGCCUCACCGCCUGGCCGUCACCAAUACGAAACGAAAGAGAUACUCCAGAGCCUCGGGAGAGAAGUCACGAAGGGCGUCGACGGGAUCUAUGCUCGAAAGCCGGAGAAGGAGAGAGAUAUUCGGAGGUGGGAUUUUGUCUACACAGGUGAUCAAGAGGCGCAAAGAACGCCCCUUAGAGUACAUCUCAGACGCUGGGAGUAUGCUAAUAGCUCGUUUCCACUUGAGCCCUACGUGCAACCGGCCGAGAGUGGGCUGGUGACUUCGGGCAUUCCGGCAGGGACGCUGGUGGUGCCAGUGCAUCCAGAGCAGGUGGGAGACCGCAACUUGAAAGUACACUACAAGAUAGCAUUGAUCAAUUCGAUUCUAUCUGUCUUUCCUCCCAAUCCUCCCGACUUGCCACUCAGAGCCCUGAAAUACACUCCCAAUAUAACCUUGAGCUUUGUCCUACUGAACGAGGAUGCCACUGAAGGGAGCUAUGUAAGGGGGUGGGAUAUCGAUCAGGCUAUCAAAGAUCACUUUCUGGCUCAUCUGGAACCGCUCAGACCAGUGUUCAACUUUGCCAUCGAGUCCCAGAUCUUAUUUCAUGCCCCGCUCAGCUUUGAGCCUCACUUGGGACUCAUACCCGAAGAAGAACAGAAUCGGGCGAUUGAUGAAGGUGUGGAAGCCGUCAACUCGGCCUCUGCCACCGACGCUACCAAGGGGGCAGAGGUGGAGGCAUUCAUCAGUGAAACGGUGGACAAGCGAGGGGAACGGGUGUGGGUGAUUGACGAAGAACAGCUGAAAAUAUUCGUCAACUCUGAAAAGUGGUCGCUUGACUCUGGUAGUACCAACAACCCAGUGUUGAGGUUCUUGCUCUACGUUCCCAGCAAGCAACACAGACCCAUGCGUCUCGCGUCUCCUGAUUCUGCCAAGUCAUUUCUUCUUCCUCAGUUUGGUGGAGUCGUUGUCAUCAAUCCUCCAGAAACGUCUGCCCCGGCAUAUCAUCUCUCUUCACCUGCUCUUACACCGGCAUUUCACCUGUUCACUCAACACCUUUACUCUCUCCUCGCCCUACCCCACCUACCAUAUGAGACGAAUAAGCUACAUAUCCCACCCCCAUCCUCUCCUUUCCACCCUCAAUCCAUUUCUUUGCAGCCUCUCACUCCGUGGCAGGUCCAUCAGGUCGAGCUCGCGAGGAUGCGGGAGAAUGCGGUGGAGGCAAGGAAAACGUUGAUGGGUAUCGUGCGUCUGGUGAGGAAGAUCGUGGAGAUGAAGGUGGGAGAGGGAGUGAGGAGAAUGGUCAGUGGUGCAGUCUCGAGACUCGAAGAAGCUCAAAGGACCGAUGGUAGAGAUGUCUUGGAAACAUUCACUCUCAUCAGAGACGCUGUUACUCUCUCAAAUAGAGCAUUUUUCGAUCCGUCGAUGAUGGGCUUGUUGUACUUUCCCGAUGAGCACAAGUUUGCCGUUUACACUCCGCUGUUCGCCCCUAUCGCUGUACCGCUGAUUCUUGGGCUGAUCAAAGAGUUCGUGGCUUGGAAAAAGGGCAAGUCCCAGCAGAAACAUGCGCUACAGGACGAAGGGAAGGAAGCAGGCGGAGAUUUGAGACCGGUAGAAGGCGACGUUAAUGAAGAGCCGAAGGGCGUCAAUGGCGAGUAGCUCAAUACGAGCCCGGCAGUGUGCCAGUGGACUAGGAGGAUCCACUGCAGUGGCCGCAAGCAUAUGUAUAGUUGGAAUGCAGCAUUGAAAUAGUAAUCCA